AUGGAGGACGACUCUGUCAUGGCCGAAGCGGCGCCCACAACGCUGCGGUUGAGGUCUUACCAGCAGGAGAUGCUCGAUGCUAGCCUGGAGAGGAAUAUCAUCGUGGCGAUGGAUACAGGUUCUGGCAAAACACACAUUGCCAUCGCACGCAUCCUCACUGCAUUGGAGCGAAGCGACAAACUCGUAUGGUUCCUGUCACCAUCAGUAGCUCUGUCGAUGCAACAAGCCGACCUGUUGAGUUCCCACCUUCCCGCUUAUCAUGUGCGGACUCUCACCGGGCUAGAUGGCGUCGACAAAUGGACCGAUCAGAAGCUUUGGGAUGCCACCUUGGCCAACGUACAUGUCGUGAUUGGCACGCCGGCUGUACUUCUUGAUGCUCUGACCCACGGCUUCGUCAAGAUCGAUCAGCUUGGGCUGUGUGUUUUCGAUGAAGCUCAUCGAACUACCAAAUCACACCCCAUGAAUUCGAUCAUGAAGCUGUUCUAUCAUCCCGCCAUCCAGCAAGGACGACCUGUCCCUGACAUACUGGGCCUUACUGCUAGUCCCGUGGUCAACAGUAAACAUGGAAGCUUAGAGACCAUCGAAUCAAAUCUGAACGCCAUUACAAGGACCCCUAAACACAACCGGGAAGACCUCCAAGCUCAUGUGAACGCACCAGUCGUCACGACCGUGCUUUAUCCAAGGGAAACGAUCGAUCCAUACGCACAGACAGAUGGCGUUCUGGCUGGUCUUACCAGAGCAACUCAGGGAUACGAAUUCGCUCAAGAUCCCUACGUCCUGGAACUCAUCGAGCAGGACGAUCCGCGAUCAAGGAAGGAGUAUCAAAAGGUCAUGAUGAAGCGGAAGACGUACUGUUGGGAGAACCUCAGAGCCCUGGAUCUCCGUGCCUCAACGAUGCAAGAGCAGCUUGGUACCAGCAUGGCGGCGUGGUACGUCAAUACGUGCAUUGAGAGGUUUCGAGAUGGGAUCGUGUCGGAUGCCGCGAUCAUGCCUGAUUUGUCCGAGAAAGAAAGGAAGCAUCUUUCGCGCAUCUUCGAUCAAGUUCAGAGUCAAGCCCCGGUCGAUGAUAAGGCCGAUCUUUCCAUUUCUCAGAAAGUCAGCCAGCUACUGCAAAUCCUCGACCAACAUGGUGAGGCUGCCACGAGAGGCAUUGUAUUCGUGGAGCAAAGGGUUCAAGUCACCGCUUUGGCUGAGCUACUUAGACGGCUGCCUGACGUGUCACAUCGGGUUGCAACUUUCGUGGGAACAUCUUCGUCCUCUAAACGCAAGAUCUCCGUGGCAGACUUGGUCGCAAUCAAGGAGCAAGAGAAAGACCUUGCCGCGUUCAGGAACGGUGAAAAGAACCUCAUGAUAGCAACAAACGUGCUGGAGGAAGGCAUCGAUGUAUCGGCCUGCAAUCUGGUCAUCUGUUUCGACCCGCCGAAGAAUCUCGUCUCUUUCGUGCAACGACGAGGCCGAGCUAGGCAGAAGGAGUCCCACUAUUACCUGUUCGUGCCAGAUGAUCAGAGCAACAACAAGCAAUGGGCGACGCUCGAGGCUGAAAUGAAGAAAGCAUACAUGGACGACACUAGGCAAUUGGCUAGCCGACUCGACGAUGAGCUCGCUUUGAGCGAUAAAGUCUACCAGAUUCCGUCCACUGGAGCAAUGCUUACGCUGGAGAACGCCAAAGCGCACCUGUACCACUUCUGCAGCGUCUCGACGCCUGCGAGUAACUACGUAGAUGUGCGACCUGAGUUCGACACAGAAGAGCAUCCCGGUGGAACUGCACUUACCAGCUCCUGGUCGGCGUCAGUCUACCUGCCUUCUUCUGUCCAUGCUGAUCUGCGCUCUGCCAAAUCUUCCAAACAAUGGCCAAAUGAAGAGACUGCCAUUGCCGAUGCUGCCUUCGAAGCUUAUGUUACUCUUCACAAGGCCGGGCUGAUCAAUGACAAUCUCUUGCCUCGUGUGAAAGACUACGGGCCAGAUGUUGGCCAGCAACACGUCGACCAGCCUUCUAUCGUGCAGGUUACUGGACGCUAUCUCUCUCACAAAGAACUUCAUACUGAUGAAAACACUUCAACUCAGGAGUGGCUGUCACAUCAGGUCCAUGUCUGGUUCCGCGGCGAGUCGGUUUGCGAGAUAAGACUCUGGCUGCCAUCCAGUCAACUGCCCUCACUCAAGCUUCGCUUAUUCUGGAACAAACAGGACGAGUACAACGUGACGAUAGGCGGCCCCGAUGUAACAUCAGAAGUGGUAGACCACAAGGCCCUUUCCCUGAGUCAAAAAUGCACGCAAUUGCUACUGUCGUCUGUUCACGGAAACCGGAUGCCAGCACACGCGACAGACUUUCCAGUCCUGUUCACGCCAAACCUGGACGAGGACAUGUCUCAAUGGCUUGCUGAUGCUACAGGCGUUCGCGAAGCCACCAGUACAGAUGAAAGCGAUGCCAUCGAUGCUGGUCUGGUCAGGGUCAAGGGACAGGUUGGACACGCCUACAUCCUUCAAGACUUGCAAUCUGACGCCUCGUCUGAGGAAGGUGCACAGCUCACGGUCACCAACUUUCCAAAACGAAAAGACUUUCUGCAUAUGGUCAGCGAGAACAACAAAUCGACAGCUUACAGUGUUAAGCAGAGCAUACCGGCUGUUAACUGCACGAUCGACAACCUCCCAGUCAAAUAUGCCAUCUUCGCCGCGUUUGUGCCUUCGAUCAUGCACAAGAUCGAGACAGCAUUGCUGGCCAUUGAUCUCCAGACGACCUUAUUGCGCGAAGUGGACAUCUCGGACCUUGGGCUCGUCCUUGAAGCGGUAAGUGCUCCAUCUGCAGAGGAGAGUCGUUUCCAAGACUCUGGUCUACAGCGAGACGCUUCCCCUGAAGGUGCUCCAGCCGUCAAGGACAGCAGCAACAUCAUUGACUACAAUCGCCUCGAGUACCUUGGCGACACGAUUCUCAAGCACUGCACCGAGCUCCAGGUGAUGGCGCAGCACACGAACUGGCCGGAGUCCUACCUCUCCCUCGAGCGAGACCGGAUCGUUCGCAACAGCAACCUCUCGAAAGCAGCUCUCUCCGCCGGUCUAGACAAGUACAUCCUAAUCAAGCCAUUCACGGGAAACAAAUGGCGCCCUCCAUACCUCACCGAGUUACUCGCGAAAGCGCCAGAGACCAGGCACAUGUCGACCAAAACCCUCGCCGACGUAGUAGAAGCUCUCAUCGGAGCAGCCUUCGUCGACGGCGGUCUGCCAAAGAGCCUGACAUGCAUCUCAACCCUCCUCCCCCUCGAAAGAUGGCAUCCACCAACCCAAUGCUUCGACAACCUCCUCCACGACCUCCACCCUUCGAAAUCCACCCACCUCGCCCUGCUCGAACGCCUCGUAGGCCACGAAUUCCAGCACCCGACCCUCCUCCUCGAAGCCAUAACCCACGUCUCCUACCCAUACAACCGCACCGGCCUCUCCUACGAACGUCUCGAAUUCCUAGGAGACAGCGUCCUCGACCUGAUCAUCACGCCCAAACUCUUCGCCCACCGGAGGGAAUUGAGACACUGGGAACUCCACCGCAUCCACGAGGCGCUCGUCAACAGCCAUUUCCUCGGGUACUGCUGCAUGGCCUACGCCAUCGAGGAGGAGAAAUUCGACGUCGUUGUCGUCCAAGACAAAUCCACCACCACCACCACCACCACCACCGCUACUCGCCACAAAAUCAAACCCUCCACCCGCCGUGUCCACCUCCACGACUUCCUCAAACUCAGCGCACAACUCAUCCCCCACCGCCGCAAAGCCCUCGAUCUCUUCCAGACCCUCCAACCCUCCCUCCAAGAAUCCCUGCAGUCUGGAAAAGAAUACCCCUGGCCCGCUCUCGUCGCCCUCAACCCCCCGAAAUACUUCUGCGACAUCGUCGAGGCGAUCCUCGGCGCAUUAUACAUCGACACGCGAGGCGACCUGUCCGUUUGCGAGGCUUUCGUGUCGAAGCUCGGGAUCUUAGACCACAUGGACAGAAUACUAGAUGAGCAUGUGGAGUGUUUCUCGCCGAAGGAGCGGUUGGGGGUUGUCGCGGAUCGGGAGGCUGUGAGGUAUGUCAAUCGUUGGGGGGAGGAUGUGGACGGCAAGAGAGUGUUUGGGUGUGUGGUCAUGGUGGGGGAUGAGGAGGUUGUGGGUGUGGAUGGGUGUGGGCAUAGGGAUGAGGCUGAGGUCAAGGCGGCGUGGGAGGCUUGUAGGAUUUUGGAGGCGAGGGGGGGGAGUAAGGAAUGGGAGGAAGAGGAAGUUUGA